ACAAAAUCCGCAGACGACUUUCGCCUGCAAAACGCUUUUGACCUCCGUCAACAAACUCGCGUCUUUCGAUUCCAGCUUCAUCUGUAAGUACCUGCACCUUCUAUUACCGCAAAAUCGCGCAUCGUCGCGUUGGAUCGUGGUGUUUUGCGACCGCGUCCCCUCAACGCGCAUAGCAGCGCUGCAGCACUGUCCGUCACUCACGUACUCCCAACGUCGGUACCAAACGGUUUCACAAACAUCCAUCUCACCUGUGCUCUUAAAGGGCGCGUCUUUGUGUUUUCUGCUCCUGUUUUUCUCUCACCUGCACUCCACCCGCGACUCAACUAGCAGCUAACAAGUCCACAACAGAAGCUCAACCUACAACACCAUCUACCUCUAUCAUGCCUAAGGAGAAGUCU